AUGUCUAGAAUGUACAAUUUUUGCCAAACGACGGCGACAAGUUGGCAAAACUUCGAAUUCAAUGCGCUGGAAGAGAUUUUGGAGGAUCAAUUGAUUGCUGAUGAAAACAUAAAAGUUUUGGAUUUCCCGCGACUCGGGGACCACGGUCGCGUGCCAGCUGCUGUUAAUAUCGCCAAUUCCUCCUAUGCGACAACUGUUACGGCGGACUCAUGGUGCGGAGUUGGAAAAAAAUUCCCUCGUUUAUGCGGCUCCGAUGGUGCGUGCUUCCAAUGCUCGUCGGAUUCGCCAGGCCACGAUAUCAGUGAAGUGCUUCUUCCUUCACGCAAGUUCUGGGCGUCAGCUAUCCAGAACACGCAGGCGAAAGCGAAGGCUUCAGUGACCGUGAACUUACAGGCUGAUUAUCAGUUGAGUGGACUCUAUCUUCAACUUGGACCAGGAAUAACGCCCAAGAAGCUGACAAUUGAGUUGGAAGAGAGCUCGGGUGACGUCAAACGUCUGGCACGCGUCAACUUUGACGGCGAGUGCGAUGCAACACAACUUCAAAUUUCAGACGUGCAGGAGAUCUGUCAAAACGAGCCUGCAAGAGCAAACGGGGAAGUUUACGUGAACUUUCUUUCUCGUAGACCGAGUCAAUUCAGCUUGGCAACGUCCGACAAAUUGUCUGCUUUCAUCAAAGGCAGAAAGCUGCGACUUGUUUUCCAAGAACUGCUCAAAGACGACUACACGACUGUGAACAACGCAUUUUACUCGCUCCGGCGACUAGCGCUCUUCGGAAGAUGCGAUUGUCAUGGAUUCUCUAAUUCCUGCAUGAUGGAAAGUGGCGAAAAACUUAAAUGCGAAAAGUGCAAUGGCGGUAGAUAUGGAGCAGAGUGUCAGUUUUGCGAGGGAUUUCUGAACGAGAUAUAUAAAGGCGACUGUCCAAAGUGUCAGUGCUCUGGGUUUAGCAAUCAAUGCGUCUAUAAUGACGAGGAAGACAAAGUCUCAUGUGUUAGAUGUACCGGAAACAGAGAAGGCGACAAGUGUGAUGUUUGCAAGAGCGGAUUCUACUUCGCGAAUGGAAAUACAUUGAACGAAUGUAUCCCUUGCCAAUGCGAUGAGAAGGGAACCGCUGAGUGCGAUACGAUGGGCCAGUGCAUUUGCAAAGAUGGCUACUCAGGGGAGAACUGUGACUCAAGACCCGAAGCUUUCGUCGAGCAAGAAGAUAAAAAACCGGACAAUGUUUUUGUGGAAGAAGUAUGUCAAGAUUACUCGUAUGACUGUCCUGCUGGCCUCAUUCUUUCUGAUUCCUGCGGUAUUGUCAGCAUUAAGCCUAAUUUUGUGCGCAAGCUCCAGAAGUGCUCGUUUAUUCUCGAUAAUAGAUCAACAUCGAGUCGUCAAUCAUCAAUUAGACUAAAUGUGAAAAAUCUAAAGACAUUAGAGGACUUAGGCGGCUUUGCCACUUUUACAAAUCUAGAAACUGGCGAUCACAUACAUAGAAGGUUCAUCUCGGACUCGUCGCUGGCAACAUGUUCUCGUCGGGUACGCGUCCAACUCACGAUCCCUUCAGAGACAAGCGGCUUACUACUUGAUUUUGCCUGGGCAAACUCACGCCACACAGAUGAAGGUCGAUGCUCUGAGCUAACGCCGGAAGUUUUGGUUUCAUGA